AUGUCACUCCGUCCGUCCACUGCUCCUCUGCGUGCCCCUUUGCCUUCUCCUCCUGCUUCCUCGCUUCCUGCUCUUGCCGACCCGGAGUCGGACUCUCUUCGUGCUGCCAAUCCUACUGUCACGCGUCUCCUUGCUACUGCUGUCACUGACCCUUCCUUCGAGUCGUCUGCUGCGUCUGCCCUUGUCACUGAGCUUGUCGACUUUGCUGCACGCUGUCGUCUAGACUACGCUGCCAGUCUUGUCGCUGAGUCUGAGUCUGCCUGUCCUCCGUCCGUCGGGGGUGAGUGUGCCCUCGGCACGGACGUCCUUGAGGACAGGCAGGAGGAGUUCCAGUGUCUGGCUGCCGCUUCACCUCAUCUCGUGUCUGUACUGCUAGCCCCUGAGGGAGACCCGGAUGCACUUGACAUCCCGACUCCGCGCUCUUACGCGGAGGCGAUAGAGGGUCCCUACUCCUCUCAGUGGCAGGCAGCUAUGGAUGCAGAGAUGGCUUCCUGGAAGUCCACAGGCACCUACGUCGACGCUGUUCCCCCUCCUGGGGCGAACAUCGUCAGUGGCAUGUGGAUUUUCAGGGUGAAGCGGCCGCCGGGUUCACCGCCUGUCUUCAAGGCGCGUUACGUGGCUCGUGGCUUCAGUCAGCGGCAGGGGGUUGACUACUUUCUGACCUUCUCCCCCACCCCGAAGUUGACUACUCUUCGGGUUCUGCUGCACAUUGCUGCUCACCGUGACUACGAGCUGCACUCUCUCGACUUCAGCACAGCUUUCUUGCAGGGCAGUCUGCACGAGGAGAUCUGGCUGCGUCGCCCACCUGGCUUCACUGGGUCUUUCCCUCCUGGUACCCAGUGGAGUCUCCGGCGUCCAGUCUACGGUCUCCGCCAGGCGCCACGUGAGUGGCACGACACACUGAGGACUACGCUCGCGGCACUUGGGUUUGCUCUGUCUACUGCCGACCCGUCGCUGUUUCUGCGCACCGACACCUCUCUGCCGCCGUUCUACAUCCUCGUGUACGUUGACGACUUGGUCUUUGCCACAGCUGACACUGCUGGACUCGCCUACGUGAAGUCCGAGCUGCAGAAGAGACACACGUGCACUGACCUGGGUGAACUGCGUAGCUACCUUGGCUUGCAGAUCACCCGGGACAGAGCGCGCCGCACCAUUACCCUGACUCAGUCACACAUGGUGCAGCAGGUCCUUCAGCGCUUCGGCUUCACGUACUCCUCGCCUCAGGCCACUCCUCUGCCUACUCGCCACUCACUCUCAGCUCUGCCUUCGGAUGAGUCCGUAGAGUCGAGUGGCCCGUUUGCAGAGCUUGUUGGCUGCCUCAUGUACCUGAUGACCUGCACACGUCCUGACCUUGCAUACCCUCUUAGCAUUCUCGCACGCUAUGUUGCUCCUGGGAGACACCGACCAGAGCACAUGGCUGCAGCGAAGAGGGUGUUGCGCUACUUGUGCAGCACGUCGGGCAUGGGGCUAGUGCUUGGAGGGCGCAGUCCAGUGGUCCUCACUGGGCACGCAGACGCUUCUUGGGCUGACGACCAGGCUACGCAGCGGUCGUCACAGGGUUACACCUUCAGCCUUGGUUCCGGCUCUAUUUCGUGGCGGGCUACCCGCUCGUCUUCUGUUCUCGGCUCCAGUUGUGAGGCUGAGAUCUACGCUGGGGCUAUGGCUGCGCAGGAGUUACGUUGGCUCACCUACCUGCUGACCGACCUUGGAGAGCAGCCUCGUUCUCCUCCAGUCCUGUACGUAGACAACAAGGCCAUGCUGGCCUUGUGCAAGAGCAGCGACUGGAGCACAGAACGAAGCACAUUGCUCUCCGCUACUUUCUUGCUCGUGAGCUACAGCAGCGUGGACAGUUGCGACUUGCGUACCAUCAUUCUUUGA